CUCUCUCUUCAGGUAACAAGACGGCUUGGAGCUCGCCGGGACCGGCUGUGUCCGGGGUGCACUGCGUCUAGCUGGCUGCCUCUUGGGCCACAAAGGAUCUGACAAGGAUGAAGAAAUGGGGGAGCUCAGACUCAGGGGAGUCUGAGGAACCACCCCAAGAAGACUCCUGCUCAGACCCCUUGGAUGGAGACCCUAACUCCAGGCCAGCUCCAGCCAAGCCCCACAUCUUCCCCACGGCCAAGAGCCGCAGUCGGCUUUUUGGGAAGUGUGACUCAGAGGAAGCUUCUCCUAUGGACUGCUCUUAUGAGGAAGGCCAGCUAGCCUCCUGCCCAGCCAUCACCGUCAGCCCUGUUGUCAUCAUCCAGAAGCAUGAGGAUGGCCCCACCUGUGACAGGCCCCCGUCCCAGGACUCUGCUCCCACUGGGUAUGAGAAGAACCUCAAGCUGUAUGAUCGCAGGAAGAUCUUUGAAGCCGUUGCUCAGAAUAACUGUGAGGAGCUGCAGAGUCUGCUGCUGUUCCUGCAGAAGAGCCAGAAGCACCUCAUGGACAGCGAGUUCAAAGACCCUGAGACAGGGAAAACCUGUCUGCUGAAAGCCAUGCUCAACCUGCACGACGGGCAGAAUGACACCAUCCCUCUGCUCCUGGAGAUUGCCCGACAGACAGACAGCCUGAAGGAGUUUGUCAAUGCCAGUUACACAGACAGCUACUACAAGGGCCAGACGGCCCUGCACAUUGCCAUUGAGAGGCGCAACAUGGCACUAGUGACCCUCCUGGUGGAGAACGGGGCAGACGUCCAGGCUGCAGCCAACGGGGACUUCUUUAAGAAAACCAAAGGGCGGCCCGGCUUCUACUUUGGUGAGCUGCCCCUCUCCCUGGCUGCAUGCACCAACCAGCUGGGCAUCGUGAAGUUCCUGCUGCAGAACUCUUGGCAGCCAGCAGACAUCAGUGCCCGGGACUCAGUGGGCAACACGGUGCUGCACGCACUGGUGGAGGUGGCCGACAACACAGCCGACAACACUAAGUUUGUGACAAGCAUGUACAAUGAGAUUCUGAUCCUGGGGGCCAAGCUCCACCCGACACUGAAGCUGGAGGAGCUCACCAACAAGAAGGGGCUGACGCCCCUGGCUCUGGCUGCCAGGAGUGGGAAGAUUGGGGUCUUGGCCUAUAUUCUCCAGAGGGAGAUCCAGGAGCCCGAGUGCAGGCACCUGUCCAGGAAGUUCACCGAGUGGGCCUACGGGCCUGUGCACUCCUCGCUCUACGACCUGUCCUGCAUCGACACCUGUGAGAAGAACUCGGUGCUGGAAGUGAUCGCCUACAGCAGCAGCGACACCCCUAAUCGCCACGACAUGCUUUUGGUGGAACCGCUGAACCGACUCCUGCAGGACAAGUGGGACAGAUUUGUCAAGCGCAUCUUCUACUUCAACUUCUUCGUCUACUGCUUGUAUAUGAUCAUCUUCACCACAGCAGCCUACUACAGGCCUGUGGAUGGCUUGCCUCCCUAUAAGCUGAAACACACCGUUGGGGACUAUUUCCGAGUCACUGGUGAGAUUCUUUCUGUAUCAGGAGGAGUCUACUUUUUUUUCCGAGGGAUUCAGUAUUUCCUGCAGCGUCGGCCAUCACUGAAGACCUUGUUUGUGGACAGCUACAGUGAGAUGCUUUUCUUUGUGCAGUCACUGUUCAUGCUGGGGACCGUGGUGCUGUACUUCUGCCAUUACAAGGAGUACGUGGCCUCCAUGGUGUUCUCCCUGGCCCUGGGCUGGACCAACAUGCUCUACUACACCCGCGGCUUCCAGCAGAUGGGCAUCUAUGCUGUUAUGAUUGAGAAGAUGAUCCUGAGAGACCUGUGUCGCUUCAUGUUUGUCUACCUUGUUUUCUUGUUCGGGUUUUCCACAGCGGUGGUGACACUGAUUGAGGACGGGAAGAAUAACUCGGUGCCGGCUGAGUCUACAUUGCACAGGUGGCGAGGGCCUGGCUGCCGGCCACCUGACAGCUCCUACAACAGCCUGUACUCCACGUGUCUGGAGCUCUUCAAGUUCACCAUUGGUAUGGGCGACCUGGAGUUCACUGAGAACUAUGACUUCAAGGCCGUCUUCAUCAUUUUGUUGCUGGCCUAUGUGAUUCUCACCUAUAUCCUCCUGCUCAACAUGCUCAUUGCCCUCAUGGGUGAGACUGUCAACAAGAUUGCGCAGGAGAGCAAGAACAUCUGGAAGCUACAGAGAGCCAUCACCAUCCUGGACACGGAGAAGAGCUUCCUUAAGUGUAUGAGGAAGGCCUUCCGCUCGGGCAAGCUGUUGCAGGUGGGGUACACGCCUGAUGGCAAGGAUGACUACAGGUGGUGUUUCAGGGUAGACGAGGUCAACUGGACCACCUGGAACACCAAUGUGGGUAUCAUCAAUGAAGACCCAGGCAACUGUGAGGGCAUCAAGCGCACCCUGAGCUUCUCUCUGCGGUCAGGCAGAGUUUCAGGAAGAAACUGGAAGAAUUUUGCCCUUGUUCCCCUCUUACGAGACUCAAGUACAAGAGAAAGGCACCCUGUCCAGCCACAGGAAGUUCAUCUGAGGCACUUUGCUGGUUCCCUCAAGCCAGAAGAUGCUGAGGUCUUCAAGGAUCCUGCUGCUUUAGGGGAGAAAUGAAGGCCCCCUACAGGGUUCUCAUAACACUCACUGUUGGGCCUCAGGAUAAGCCGCUGCUGCUGCUGGGAGGCCCUCAGCAGCCUGGCCUGGUCUGUGCCUGCCAAGGCACUUUCCUCCCUGUCCUGGACACGCUGUGGGCACCAUUGUUGAAUACCUGGGAAGAGAAGGUCACCCAACCCUCACUGUCCCCAAGUGAGUCUCCUAAAAGGAAAGGAUUUUUCUCUCUCGCUGUCUCUCUCUCUCUCUCUCUCUCUUUUUACAGACUCUGUUAAGUAUCAUGAAUGAUAUAUCCUUAUGUGGACAUAUGCAAUGCCCCUAUUUUAUUUUAUUUUCUAUCACUAAGAGUAAAAGUGAAUGAGGCCCAGGAAAACACCUCUUCGAACAAAACAUGUCCUUCAAUGUAAAAUGCCGAAGCCGGUCUCUGUAUUGUGCUUAAUACCUCCCCUGAACAAAGUGGUCUGGGGGUGAUGUCGUUUAUUCCUCAGAGGAAGGGGGGGAGCUGGCCCAGCUCUGGGGGUGUCAGGUUUAUCUAGAGGGACUACCUCCUUCUGUGUGACACAUCACAGUUCCAAAAAUUUUAGCUCUUUCGCUGUUCAGAUGAAAGGACAGAACCUGUCUCAAUAGCACGUGGCAGGAAUUUUUUUAAUGAUCUUCUGUUUGCUGUGACCAUGGUCUUGCUCCCCUGCAGUGGUACGUACUUCCUCCUCCAUCCAUCCUGUUAUCCAUCAAAUAUACAAGUAAGUAAGCAAGUAAAUAAAUAAAUAAAUAGCUAAAUAUCA